UGCUGUUGUCUGAGCUAAAGUGACAGAGAGAAUCGACGCAGCACAUUCCUGUUCAGGGAGAGAGACGCGCAGAGCUCAGAAUGGACCUGUGCAGCCUGAGAGCUCCUCUACUCAUUCUCGCAGCAAUUAUUUGCUGCUCCUACUCUCUCCUGGUGCCCUUGAAAAUCAGCGGGGUGAAGGGAAAAUACGCCAUAUUUCCCUUAAAAAUUACAGACGGAUUCCAGCCCAACGCGGUAAAGAUUACUUUCACGAACAGUGCUGGUGAAUUCACCACUGUGUACAAUCGCGUUGGUGAAAAGGUAACCACCUCGUCCAACGGUCGAGCUGUCUACAACCAGACCACCUAUGAGUUCCAGCUCGGACCGCUGACUCCUGGGGACGCUGGACAAUAUUCAUUUAUCCUGGUGGACACAGAGUAUAAUAUGAAUGAGGGGCAAACAACCCUGGAGGUGCUGGAGCCUGUGGCAGAUGUGGUUAUUGUCUCCAGCCUCCCUGAAGCUGUGGAAUUCAACAGCACUGUGGUCCUUACCUGUUCUGCUAAAGGCUCUUUCCUCUCUUACAAGUGGCUGAAUGGUUCAACAACCCCAGUGGUUGUAGAUGGAAAGCACUUGGUGCUGAACGGUAGCCAGCUAAUCAUUACCGAAGUGUUGCGCACGGACUUGCGUGGGUCAAUCUACUGCGUCGCUGAGAAUCAGCUGGAGUCAGUGAGGAGCACCGCCUUCAAUAUGAGUGUUAGCUAUGGUCCUGAGAGCAUUUCUAUGAAGAAAGUGCCGGAUGAAAUAGACCUGAAGAAAGGCUCCAACCUGACGAUGUCAUGCUCAGCUGUGUCCAGCCCUGCAGCUGAGCUCAAGUGGCUUUUUAAUGGAGCUGAGCUUCCCGAUAAAAGUGCCACACUAGCCUACACAAAUCUGGAAGAGAAUCAGAGCGGCAACUACAGUUGUGUGGCCUACAACAGCAAGACCAAGCGCUAUGCUGCUUCACAGGUCAUCACAGUAUCCAUCAUAGAAGCCAUCUCUGGCACCAACGUCACUGGCCCCAUUUCUCUGCUCAUUGCUGGCAACAGCACAGCCAACCUCACCUGCAAAUCCAGCAUGGGCAAAGCAGACAGCGUGACUUGGUUUAAAGAUGAGAAGCCUCUGGCUGCCAGUGACCGCAUCAUCAUCAGCACUGACAAGAAGACCAUCAGCAUCCCAAUAGUGCAGAAAGAGGAUGCUGGACAGUACAAAUGCAAGCUGAGCAACAAAUUGAGCACAGAUUCUAGCAUCUACAACAUGCAAAUCUACUAUGGGCCAGAGAAGGUGUCCAUAGAAGGACCGAAGAAAGCAGAGGUGGUCGACACAGUUGUAAUGACAUGCAAAGUCACCUCUAUUCCUCCUGCCACCUACAUCUGGAAGUUCAAUGGUUCACUUUUGGAGAUCACGACAGCUGAGUUCAAGAUUGAGAAGCCCAGCUUCGAAAACAGCGGCAUCUACACCUGUGAGGCACGCAACCAUAUCACGGGACUCAGCCAGACAGCCACCCAUAAUCUCUUGGUGAAAGGAGAGGGGGAGCUGAAUGAUCAGCUCUCUAGUGGAGCUAUAGCUGCUAUCGUCAUAGCUGUUCUUGUGAUUGUGGCAAUCAUCAUUGCCGUCAUCAUCCGUAAAAGAAGGAAGCCUGGAGAUAUUGCGUCACCAUAUUAACCUUCAGGGAGAUGUGAGCCGAAUCUACUAGACCAACUCUUCAGCCAUCUUGUCUUUUCUACCCGCAAGUUCGUUCCACCAGGGCAGCUGGAAAAACUACCCUCAUGAAUGGAACACACCUUCAGGGCUGGCCCUCUCUCUCUCUCGCUCUCUCUCUCUCUCUUUCUCUCUCUCGCUCUCGCUCUCGCUCUCUCUCUCGCUCUCUCUCUCUCUCUCUCUCUCUCUCUCUGCAACCUUUCCACCUCAAACCACAGAGGUCAUGUUCCGAUGUGGGAAUUCCCAAAGCCUGCCACCCACCAACCCAAAUGUCUCUGAUAUGGCCCAGGAAAACCCCACUGUGUUCCUCACUACAUUGAAGACAUGAAGAUGGAAGGGGUAUGGGUCACUUGUGAAGACCAAAUACUACUGGUCACCCCUCCUCCCUGCAACCUCCAGCUUCAGAGUUUUGACCCCAUUGUUCCCUAAUCUUUGGCUGAAGAGUUCUGUUCCUUUUGUUCCUAAAGAAAUUUGAUAUACCUUUCCUCACCACCUGAGAUGCCCCCCCAGCCCCACAUCCCCUCUGCCAGCCCUUCAGCUGCGACAGACUGUCACAAUAGAGCAUCACACUACUGAUUCUGAAAGAAAACAAUGCAUCAGUAACAGGCAUGCUUCGUAGUAUAACACAGGCUUUGAAGGCAACAAAAAGUUUAAAAUGUAUGCCCAGAAGUGUCAAAGGAUUCCAGAUCCAUGGGACUCAUUACUGCCAAAGAAAACAGAGACACUGCACACCUUACAGCAUCUGCCAUUGAGGUGCCAGCAUCUUGUAACCUCUGUUAAGCCACCAUCUCAAGACUUUUUAUUUCCUUUUUUUUCUUCCAACUCUCCUCACUGCAACAAGAUGUCCAUAGGACAAGCCUCAGCACGUUCAGAGUGUACGAAUGGGGAGAAAAAAAAGAAAAAAAAGAGGAUGAGACAUUUUUGUGGGCAAUGACAUUCCAGGGUUUCCUUGGCUAGCUGUUACUGUGCUGUCUUGGGCGUCGUCCACAAAGAUUCGUUGUGCUGUAAUGAGGAGUUCAAAUGGUUCUUACUCUGUUGAAAGAGGUUUUCAAUGUCACCUUCACCUGAGUUGUCAGGCUGGAAAUCCAAACCCGCUGAGUAUUUUCUGUUAGCACAGUUAUUGUUCAUGAUGGGGAUUUGAUAACAACCAUGUGUGCUUUUUGAUUUUCAAAGAGAGAUAUCUUGUUUCAUUUUGGUGUUUUUUGAAACCUCAAAUGAACGCACAGUGGUGAGACAGUUAUUUUGAGAAUGAGUAGUAGUAAUGUGUGUGUGUGUGUGUGUGUGUGUGUGUGUGUGUGUGUGUGUGUGUGUGUGUGUGUGUGUCUGUGUGUGUGUGUGUGUGUGAGUCUGAGUGUGCAUAAUAUGUUGUUUUAGGACAUUCCAGAGGAUAUGUCCUGGAACACCUACACAAAAAAUAAACUCCUAGACACGCCUGACCCCUUCUCACACAUUCACUCAAUACACCCAACAGAAGUACAUGAUUAUUGGCUUCAAAAUCAAACUUUAAGAUAUUUUUUAAGCUGCAGUGUUUUGUUAUGCAUCUACAAUGUUGGCCUAGAGGCCCUGUAAUUGUCCAGUGUUAGCUGAGUGAAUUGAUGGUUUUCCACAGUGAGGGCCACUCUGAAGUCCUGUGGUCUUCCAUCAUAGCAUCACUUAAAGAACACAGCUUCUUGGGACCUUUACAGUGAAUUACAUUUAUUUGACUUGACUUCAGGACUGGUCCCAGAAGUGACUGUAGAGUUUGGAAUGUGGUUAUAAUUUGACGUUAAAUUAUAUAAAAGCAUAAAAGAUGAAAAUCGUCUUUCUAAAGGGCUUUUGAAAAUGGAAUGGAAUAGUAAAGAUGCAAAUAAAUUAAUAAUACAUUUUAUUUAUGCCGCAUGUUUCAUUUUGUUUACGAAUGUCAACAGCUCAAGUGCCUGUAGUGUAACAGUACAAGUCUUGAUCAUGUGUUUAGCAUAUUUUGGAGUCAAAUUGUUAAUGAAAAGUAACACGUGUUUUGUAUUUUACCAAAUUAGUCUAUUGUCUGAUGUUGAAUUGAAUUAAAUCAGUGCCUUAACGGAAACAGUUAGCAAAGUUUAUUUUGUGUUUUUAUUUUAUUUUUGUAUUUUUGUGAGAUUGAAAUGCACUGGGCCAUUUUUAUACAUAUAUACAUAUAUUUGACCAAUGUGAUCUAACAGUAUACAAUUGGGGGGAUUAACUGAUGCUUUAUCUUAUAUAUUUAGCCAGAAAUGUUCUCAGGUUGUUUACAAAAUGGGCAUAUUAUCAGCUUAACUUAACAGUAUAUCCACUGUUUUGUUUUCUAACUUGCCAUUUAUUUAUUAUUUUUUCAAGUGCUUGUCUCUAAUGUAAUUUACUGUUUGGGUUUGAAUAAUCUGAUAUAAAAACCUGACAUCCGCUACUUUUUGAAAUUCUGUUGUAUGUUCCAGAGAAGGAGUGUUGGGAAAAAGGGGAGUGGCAUGUAGGCAGCUUGUCGGAUGCAUGACUUUUUCCGUCUAUCUGCUUUACAUUUGUACCCACGCUGUUCCUUCUACACCCAAAACACUAGCAGAUGACUAAGCCCCCGGUCAACAAACUGGUUUCGGCUCAUGUUUCUUUAGUGAAAAAGAAUGAAUGCUCAAUGUCAUAUCAUAUCAAUUAAUUUAAAGAAGUGCCACUAGUGGGCAAAAGUACAAACUAUCAGCUCAUGAAAGCUAUUUCAAGAAUACCAAUGGGAAUACAAAAGUCUUACUGUAAUUUUGAGCACAACGUAAGACAAUACAAGGCCUUCUCUUAGUGCUGGCCUAUAUUGGUAUUGGUGACUGAUAUUGAUACUAACCAAUAAUAAUUAUUAGUUUAGUUUGUAUAUUUUUAGGUAAAUUGGUUAACUGCAAUUCUUUUUGAAAUUGCAAAUAAAAUAAUUGAAAAUACAUAAAUAUGACAAAUUUCUAUAUUAAAAGGUUCAUAAAAUAUAUGAAACUUAGUCAUGCACAGUAAACCCAGAAUAAUAUCUGCAUUGGAAGAAAAUUGCUCAAAAGCAGCAUCAGCAUUGUUCAGAUGUUUCGAUUUAAGUGAUAUUUCAAAUCAAUAUUUAAUGAUGUAUUUUUUUGUACUCUUUUACAUUCAUGCAUUUGGCAGAGCGACUUAUAACUUAAAUAUGUUACAGACGUUAGGUGAAUGUAGCAUAAGCAGCAUUGCCCAAAGACUCUUAUUGGUUAGUGUGGUGUGCUUGGGGAUUGAUCCCCAGCCUACCAUGUUGAAGCCUACACCAACUCUAGAAUAAGACCAAAAGAGCAAAGCAUUUAGGUUAUUCUGGGCUUCAAGACUAAAAUAUCUUCAUUUAACUCAUUACACUGCAUGCUUAACCCUACAGGAAAAGAAGCUAGUAUUUUUCGCUAAUGCCAAUACAAGCAUAUGUAUUCUCACUUUUAUCAUUUAAUAAAUAUUUAAGCCUUCUUUGUCAUUGGUUAAAAAAUAUCUGAAAUCAGCAUUGGCCCAGAAUUCCCACAUCACUGCAUCCUUAAUAUGAAACUUAAUAAACAGUAAGUUUCCUUUCUCAAAACCUGGAUUUUGACUGAUUAACGUUCACAGCAAUGUGUAAAGAUCUGUUUUUUUGUGAUUUGGAAAGAAGAGGAACAGAGCAGUCAAGUCAAAACAAGUGCUUUCAGGUUUGUAAGACAUUCUUUUAGCAUAUAGUACUGAAGAAGUGCGAGCACAGCAAUAAUAAUACCAGUUAAGACUACCUUCACUGUUCCAUGCUUUUAGCCUUGCUUAAAUGAGCUAUUCAGUACCUAUUCAAACCACUCUUGUCUCCACUAGGGAUUUUCCCCAUUAGAUUUCAAUCUUGCCCCCUCCUGUACUAACAGCUAAUAUCUAUUCUGGCGUCAGUAUUGAAGCCUGCCCUCCAGCGUCUGCUUAUAGUGUAGUCACCUCUCUGUCACUUUGAUGGCAAAACUGAUAUGCUACCAUUGUCACAGAAACCAGAGCUGUCUUCUGUUGUCCUUGUUGUUCAUGUGACGUGAUGCAAACUCACAAUCCUCAAUAGCUGUGUACUGGCAUGCAUGAACUCAGAUGUGCGUUCUGUUUGUGUUUUCUUUUUUAAUGUGGUGCUUUACAUGUUAUAAAUUACUGUUGUACUGCUGUGAACUUACAAACGUGUGCUUUAGAAAGUGGCCAGUCGAACAGGUUCAUUUGCCUUAAGUCAACAGUGUGGAUCCUUUAAGACGGACCAGGUCUGGUUGAGCAAGUAUGCGGAUAAUAGAGCGAUUGUGCAACACUGUACGUACUUGAAUGUAAACAGCUUUUCAGCUUUAAAUAAAAAUGAAAUGUACGAAAAGCG